ACCCUAACCCAGAUCCACUCCCACUCCAGCCGCCGCUGCCCCCUUCUCCCUCCCAGAUCCAAUCCAAGUCAGAACCCCUCGCCCUCCCGUCCCCGGCCUCCAUCUCCAUUCCUGCGCGUGUCGGACACCUCCCUCCGGCAGAGCUCGACCCACACCGCCAAGCGCCGCUGCUCCACCCUCUCCCGCGCCCCUCGAUCCCAGAUCCCCGUAUCCAAGUUACCCUCUUCCUCCCUCACAUCUCGAUCCGCCGUCCACCAUCGAUGACCCUCCCUAUAGACGAGAUCGAGCUCCUCCCUCCUCCUGUUCUCCCCCAGCCUUAUCCGCUCCGAGCCAACCAACCACCCUGUCCUUGGGAUUUUGCCGCGCGGCGCCUCGUCUCGCCGGCCUGGCGACCACAGGCAGGCAGUCCACGGCCAGGAUGGCGGCGUGCCCCGCCGCGACCACGUACACGCACAACACUCCGCGCCUCCCCUCCCUCUCCUGCGGUUCCUAACAGACGCACUCGUUGCGGUCGGCGUCCCCGGAGUUGGCGCAGGAGGGGCUGGCCGGCGUCCCCCGUCGACGUCCUCCUCCCUCUUGUCCUGCGUGAUCUGGAGGGGGAUGGAGUGGGCGGCCAUCAUCUGAGGCUAGGCCACGUUGGACCGGGAGGGGACCAUGGCGCCGCCCCAUCGCGGUUGUCCUCGUUCACCUCUGCUCCAGCAGCGUUGCCUUAGGAGAUGGGGGCCAUAGACCUCGGGAACCCGCUCCUCAACCGCACCGUCGACGGCUUCCUCAAGAUCGGCGCCGUGUUGUUGCUGGGGUGUAUGUAGGCAUGGAGUAUGGAGUGGAAAGGGCCAGUGGUGACUGUGACUGGUCCAGAAUGGGGCGUGGGAGAAGCUGCCGGCCAGCGGAUCUGUGUGAAAGCCACCAUUGAGAGGAACAAAAAGGCCAACCAUGACACAUCCAACUCUAGCACGGUUGCAGAAGUCAAUGCCCAGUUUGCUAUCUUAGGAGAACCUGGCGUGCUAUAUGGGGAAGCAAAGCAGCAACCCACAACUCGACCUGUGACUCCAGAUGAAGGCACCACGACGCACCAUGAUUAUCCAUUGGAAGGGCUUCCGAGUUUGCACCCCGCCGUCCGGACAGAGCAAGGAGGGGUCAUCAUCCACACCGUGGAGUUGGUUGAGCCUUGAGUGCGACCUAGAGAAGUAGGGCAUUGUCUGGGGUCAUCUCUUCCUUUUGCCGUGGUAAGAAAUGAGCGCCACUCUUUGUCGUGCAUGUAUCAAAAUGGCAGAAAUGUUGAAUACAUGUUUGCUCUCAGCUGGGAUACUUGGUUGUACUUAGUUAUGUGAUUUAUUCAUGUUCGUGCUGCUUGUUAAGCGAUUAUCUGUAUGUCAUUGCUACCCCGUUGCAUAUCUCUCUUUUCUUGUGUGCUGCAUUGUAGGUAUGCAUGAUGGAGUGAAUGCUUUCAGUUCUGGUUGUGUCAAAUCUUUACUAUGUCCCAUGCUUAGUGUUUACUAUACUGAGGCAUUGGCCAUCGGAAUUUCGACGUGUAUGUAUAAUUUUAGUUCUGGAUGUGUCCAAUGCAAACAUUACUAUCAACUGUUAAAUUGAUUCUAAAAUUUCUCAUUAACUUCAUUUCAGACGAUGAUUUCUGGAUUUGGUACCAAUUUAUUGUUGGCAUGCAUGUGCUAUGUACCUUGCUUUGGUUUUAUGUAGCAAGUGCCUUAGUACCUUUUCUGUCAUGUGGUGUCCAUGGAUUGAAAUGUUGGCUGUUAUAUAUUGAUUGUAGUAUCGAAAAUGCCUCAAACCUUAAAUACUUAAAAUAGAUUGUUGUUCCUUUCUUGUUAGUUUUGAUACCCAUAUACCUGCCUUGUAUUAGCUCUUUCCUUUCGUGCAUGUUAAUUCAGUGUUUGUGUUGAUUUGAUGCCAAUGUUCAAAAACAAGAUUUUUAUGGAUGGGUUUAUGUGUUCUGCUGGUAUAUAUGCACACAGAAUGGCCUUCAUUAUUUUUGUAUCUGCUGUUAGAUUUGCUUUUAUUUUGUUUCUAACCAUUUUGUUCUAUAACAUGCACAUGCUGGCCUUUCAUGUUUUGUCGCGAGCAUCAAGACGAAGAAGUCGGAAGAAGCAUAGUUCCAGCUCAUUGGAGCUAGUUCAAGGAGUAAUGAAGCCCUUGAUGCUGAUCUGUUGGAACAAACUGAAGCACGAACUUGGCUCAUGUGAUCCACUUGUAGAGCUUAUUAUACUGUGAUCGCAUUUGUAUGUGUGUGAUCACAUUUGUAUGUGUGUUAGAUGAUGUAACAGAUUGCUUCUUGUUAUUUGAAGUAUUACAUCUGUUUUCUGUCUA